AGCCGUCGAACGAUUGGUAAAUUCAGACACCGAAAUACCAUCAGAGGCGAAUAAACAACUCAUAACUUUGGCCGUAGAGGAGUUGACACGCUCAGCUGAGCACCAACCACACAUCCAAGAGCAUGCACUCUCCAUUUUAGUGGCCAUUGGCCGGAAAGAAUGCAACGCGGUAAUGGAAGCAUUAAUGGCACACACAAAAGAAGGUGCGGUGGCACAUUUCAUGGUCAUGCAUUGCUUAGGAGCUAUGGCAACGGCGAAUGUUCCGGACGUUGUACCUUUCAUUAAGCCCAUACUCGCAACCAUACUGCCGAAUCUGGGUGGCAUCAAACACGAUCACAUCAAGCAGGCUCAUGCAUAUGCUAUUGGACACUUUAGUGAAGCUCUACUGGAGCAAUCAUCAGCACAUGGCGCAGCAGCUGUCGUCUCAACCGCAACUAGCCCCAUUAAUGGCGAAAUGGAGUCCGCUUCGGACGCACCAACGCAAAAUGCAGACGGCAAAGGCGAUUGUGCUACCGAAAUUUCUGUUGCUUACGAUGUGCUUUUCAAUCAAUGGCUGCAUUCGCGUGAACCCAAAGUAUGUGUCGAAAUACUGCAAGCGCUUUCUUCAAUGUACCCACUGCUGCCUGUCGAUAAGAUACAAGACCAGUCUCCGCGUUUAAUGCCACAAAUAUUGGCCUUAUACCGCCGCUCCAUCGAGCGAAACUCAGUGACACAAUUCCUCUCGUCGGUAUUGAAAACAAACAUAGCACUGCAGCCGUCAGUGCUAGAUGCGGUAGCCGAUCAAUUGAUUUCAAAUCUCUUCGAUUUGGUGUGCGUAUUCCCAGACUAUGAAAAGCCACAGACUGUAAAGGGGCAUUAUGAAGUGUUACGUUGUUUUCAUCUGCUGUCAGGCAUUUAUGACUUAAAUUAUUACGAGUUGG